GGACUGCGCCUACAACAAGCUGCUGGGCGAUGAGUACACCUUCGACUUCCCGCCCCACCAUGACGUGAUCAAGAAGGAGUGUCUGGCCUGCAGAGGGGCUGCUGCUGUGUUCAACAUGUCCUACUUUGGAAAGUUCUACCUGCUGGGGCCGGAUGCAAGGAAGGCUGCCGACUGGCUGUUCUCUGCGGAUGUCAGCCGACUGCCAGGCUCAACGGUGUACACCUGCAUGCUGAACCCGCGUGGGGGCACUGAGAGCGACCUGACGGUCAGUCGCCUGGCUCCGGGCCAGGACUCCCAGGACUCCCGGCUGGCUCCUGCCUUCGAAGGGGACGGCUACUACCUGGCUGUGGGCGGGGCUGUGACCCAGCACAACUGGUCCCACAUCACCUCGGUGCUGCAGGACCAGAGGUUCCGGUGCCAGCUCAUCGACAGCUCAGAGGACCUGGGCAUGAUCAGCAUCCAGGGCCCAGCCAGCCGGGCUGUCCUCCAGGAGGUUCUCGAUGCAGACCUGAGCAACGCGGCCUUCCCCUUCUCCACCCACAAGCUGGUGAGAGCCGCCGGGCACCUGGACCUGUGAAUAUUUGCUGAGGGGUUGGACAGGCCCAGGACAUCAUGAGCGGUUCCGUGAUGCAGCCCAGGAAAACACAG